AUGAAUACAGACAGCGGCGGAUACGCGCGCAAAAGCGUGGCCGUGUCGCUCACCCUCUCGCCCAUCAAGAGGGUCCAGAGCACACCCAAUCUGGCCUCAGAGAGCGGCCCUCACUCUUCAGACUUGAAUCCUUGGCGCUGCGGCAGCGCCACCGACGGCCUGAAGAACGGCGACGGCAUCAGCUCGUCGCUGGCCGCCAAAGGCUUUCGCAGCGUCAGGCCCAACCUGCAGGACAGAAAGUCGCAGGGCGCCCCCUCCCUCGACCCGGCGGCACGCGGCCCCCCCUUUGUCCGCUCCCUGGACUCGCUGGCGUCCAAGGGUCCGUCGCCCGGCCCGUACGCGGGCCCCUCGCCGCCCGCCUCGCCGGUCACCGUGUCGGCGCUCAGCCACUGCUCGUGGUCCACGGCGGGCGGGCUGGACGAGCUGCGGAUCUGUAGCCUGGACUCGCCCGGCGCCUCGCCCACGCCGUCGCCCACCCUCAGCCAUGUCUCGGUGUUCGCCGCCGGCGAGGCUCUAACAACGGCCGCUGUCACUAACGGCCAGGUGCUCUCGCACGCCAUGAACGGGGGCACGGGGCACGCCCAGAGGCCCCUGUCGCCGCCGUCAUACCCGCCGCCGCCCACCUCGCUCCGCGCCGGAGGCCUCAGGCAGAGUCGAAGCUCAGAAGGUAGAGAGGCCUUCACCAGGGAGUCCGCCAGCUACGGCGGCUCGGUGCCCAUCGCCCGUUUUUCUGAGGAGGAAAGCAAGGUGUCCAUCAUCAAGGCCCCUCACUACGAAGGCAUCGGACCCGUGGACGAGUCGGGGAUUCCCAUUGCCAUCCGCACUACGGUGGAUCGUCCCAAGGAUUGGUACAAAACCAUGUUCAAGCAGAUCCACAAGGUCCACAAAGCAGACGACGACUAUUCGGACACGUACAGCGCGACGUACGCCAUCGUCAACAACGACGACUACGGCGUGCCCCCCGGCGCCACCUUGGCCCACCCGGCCCCGCGCACCCACACGUACCGGCCGCUGGCCAAGAGCCCGUCGCCCUCUCCGUCGCCGGUGCCUCCCCCGCCUCCGCCCGCGCCCUCUUUGCUCCAGCUGAGAGCCCGAGACAGCGACCGCGACACGCCCGACAUGAACGAAUGGGGUCCACCCGACAGGAAGGUGGACACGCGAAAGUACCGUGCCGAGCCAAGGAGUAUUUUUGAGUACGAGCCAGGAAAGUCCUCCAUUUUAGAGCACGAAAGACCCAGCUAUGAUGACAUAGAUUUAGAGAACGAGCCUUGGUAUAAGUUCUUUUCCGAGCUGGAGUUUGGCCGCCCGCCUCCUAAAAAACGUCUGGAUUAUAAUCCAGACGUGUCGGCUCGCCAGCGUAUCGAGGCCGCUCUGCUGCCAUCUCCUUCCGACAAGCCCCCCGAAAGACCCGCGAGCGCCGCUAGUGACUACAGGAAGAGAAGGAAGUCGGAGCCCGCCCCGUCAUACCCCGAGAGAGCGGCCACGUCGCACAACGUGCCCGACGCCGGCGGCUCCAACUUGAAAAAGCCCAGCGUUCGCUCCUCGCCGUCCUCGCCCUCACGUGCCAAAGGUGGGGCCGCAUGCGUCAUGUAUUCAAACAGCAUGAGUCGUCCGGUCACCAGCGGGCGGCCGCCAUCGCCGCCACCGCCGCCCAAACUCCGAUCCCGAAGCUGCGACGACCUCCCAUGCUCGGACCCCGAGCGCCGGCGCGCCCGCCGCUCAGAGAGCGCCGGCUCGUUGGCCCGCGACGGCUCAGCACCGAGUCUCCGUCGCGGGACGCCGCGCGACUCCCCCGCCUUCCUGGAGCUGUACCGCAAAAUGCACCGCAUCGACAGGGCGCACAUGAUCCCGUCCGAGGUGAUCCGCUCGGUCCGCGCCCGCAUUUCGGACUUGGAGCGGCUGCCCCGACCGUGCCCGCGCCGCCCCUCCCCUUCGGCGCCGCGCCGCAACGUUCCCGACCGCGUAUCCGCCUACGAGAGCCUGGUGGCCAAGUCCAAAUCCAUGCCCGACCUAGGUGACGGCGAGGCGGCGUCGGGUGCCACCACGCCGGGCGGUUCCUCGUCCCGGGCCAGUAGCGGCGCCGCCACCCCUUCUUUUCCCAAACGCCGAUUCUCCGUGGAGUCCCUCCUGGAGGAGGACGACGAUAGAGCCGUAGAGCGCGAAGCCCGCGGCCCGCCCGAGGGUCGGCCCCGCGCCGGGCCGGAGGUACCCCCCGUCCCGCGGGCGCCGCCGCCCGCCGACUACUCUGACAGCGAGCGAGACGCGGCGGCCUCGGACCUGAGCGACUUCAUCCGAGCCGAGGGUUCUUCGUUUUGCAGCGAGAGCGACUUUGACCGAUGCUCGCCGACGUCCUCGGAGAGUCUGUGCGGCGGCCCCGCCCACUGGCGCCGCCGCCGCCACCCCGGUCCCCAAAGCGUGGGGCAGAACCAGGGCUAUCAGCACCGACACCUCAUCAGCUCUUGCAAGGGUCGCUGCCCGGCUUCUUACACCCGCUUUACCACCGUGCUUCGCCACGAGCGAGAGCGGGCCCGGCGGGACCCUCGGCCGGACCCCCGGCGGGACCCCCGGACACCCUCGGAGUCCAUGUCCAACUUGGCCUACCUGGUCAGCCCGGUGCCUUUCCACAAGAAAAAGUCCGCCGUCGGUGGCGGCGAAGGACCAAAAUCCAAGCGGGCCGUCUACGAAGCGCUGGACGCCGCCCUGCGGGACAUCUACGAGCACAUCCGAGCCGAGCGGGGCCGCGGCGGGGGCGCCCCCGAGCGCGGAAUCCUGAGGAGAAUACUCUCCGAGCUGCUUCCCGAAGUGCCCGAGAGGAGCUCUUCCUUGCCCGGGAGGCGGCGCUGCUGCCACCGGUCCCGCGCCGACGCGGACACGUACGAUUGGCUCACCCCGCCGUCGCGUUCGCCGCGCCUCCGCUCGCCAGUUAGUGCCUGUUACCCGCGCCGUUCCGACUGUAACCAUUACAACGAGGAGUGCGGCGACGGCGACAACUGUGGUUUUUAUUCAGACCAGGAAGUACCCAGGAGUUAUUCCACCGCUGACGGCGGACGCCACACUCCGAGAGCCACGCAUGACAGAGAGGUGUCCCACAAACAGAUGAGCCAACUUAUUCUGUCCUCUCUCCUCCAUCAGAAGCAGCCCGCCCGAGCCAUUUACGACUUUAAGGCGCAGACGGCCAAGGAGCUGACGUUCAAGAAAGGCGAUGCGGUCAACAUCAUCAGACAGAUCGACAACAACUGGUACGAAGGCGAGCACCGCGGCCGCGUGGGAAUCUUCCCCAUCGCUUACGUGGAGAAGACGGCAUCGGCGGAAAAGCCGCAGCCCAGCCGCCCGCCUCCGCCCGCCCACGUCAGGGAGAUCGGUCAAGCCGUGGCUCGCUACAACUUCAACGCCGACACCAACGUGGAGUUGUCGCUGCGAAAGGGCGAGCGGGUGACGGUGAUCCGACAGGUGGACCAGAACUGGUACGAGGGGAAGAUCCCGGACACCGGCAAGCGGGGCAUCUUUCCCGUGGCCUACGUGGACUUGAUCAAGCGCUCUGGCCACCGCGCGGACCCCCACGGAUACCGUGGCGACAGGACGCCCGGCUCGGCGCCCGUCACGCCUUCGGAGCAUCUCCCGCCUUGGUCUCCCGGCCCCGCCCCCGUCCUCGCCCCGUCUUCCGUUCUGCGCGCGGUCACCCGGGAGUGGCUGUCGCUCACCGUAGCCGCCCCCUCGCCCCUAGAUCGGCCGGCCCCCUCGAUCCCCGCUUUCCCCUCCGACGUUUUAGCUUCCCGGGAGGAGUCUGCGUCGGAAAAGGCGGCACCGUCGGUCACUCCGCCGCCGUUUCCCGAAGCGAUCCGACGUUCCCCGCCCGAGUCCCGGAGGCCUACGUCCUCUCGUAUCGAGUUAUUCAUUCAGGAAGAUGACGAUGAGGAAGCUAGUGAGGAGGUGGCGGAGAUUUUGACAGGCAGACUCAGUCCACAGGCUGACGUCACUCCCCCCACACGCUCUCCUUCUCCCCCCGGUGUGCCCCCCUCACCCCGGUCCCGCCCCCCGCCCCUCCCCUCCUUAUCUACGAGGCCUCCCGUCUCGCCCUCUCCCCCGGCGUCCCCCCUCCGCUCUCCCGAGCCGCUGAGCCCGACUCGCUCGGCCGGGUCGCCCCCUUCCACGUCCCCCCCGCUCUUCGGUUCCCGCCGCUCCCCCCCGUUGGUGUCCCACCCGGGCCGUAGGUCUCCCAAGGUCAAGGAAGCGAUGGUGGGUGGAAAGCCGCCUCGUAGCCCCGUCUUGUGUCGGAGGCCCGCCAGAGGUCGAAGGCGGUUAGUCCAGGAAGCUCUUCACGGCGGCGGAGACCCCUUCCAGGCCGUGUACAACUACGUGCCACGAAACGAAGACGAGCUGGAGCUGAGGGAGGGCGACGUCAUCGACGUCAUGGAGAAGUGUGACGACGGAUGGUUUGUCGGGACAUCUCGCCGAAGCAAGUUGUUCGGCACCUUCCCGGGAAACUACGUCAAGCAAGUGCCAUGA